AUGACUGAGGCGAGCGACGAGGAUGAACACAACGAAGAGGUGAAGUCGCAUGAGAAUGGUGAAGCGCAUGUGGAGAAUGAGAAUGAGACUGAGGAGAGCGAGGGGGAAGAGAGCGAGGAAGAGGCCACAGAUGAAGAGGAAGAGGAUGAGGGUGAGGAAGACGACGACGACGACGAUGACGAGCCCGCGCUCAAGUACGAACGUCUUGGAGGCAUUGCGCAUCAGCUCCUACAGAAGGACUCCGCAUCUGCGCUCGCUUAUUCGAACCAGCAUCUGGCUCUUGGAACACAUGGGGGAAAGCUACAUGUACUCGACUUGGCUGGCCAGCCGGUCAAAUCCUUCGCGGCGCAUACUGCAUCCAUCCUUGACAUAUCUAUGGAUAGCACAGGCGAUUGGAUAGCCACAGCUUCGAUAGACGGACAGGUCGCAGUAUAUUCCCUGUCCAACCCCGAGACAUACGUUUUCAAUAUGAAACGUCCACUCCGCACUGUCGCCCUCGAACCCAGCUUCGCGAAGAGCAGUACGCGUUCGGUCGUCUCAGGUGGCAUGGCUGGUAACCUCGUCCUGCACGAGAAAGGCUGGCUUGGAUACAAGGAGACGAUCCUCCACUCUGGCGAGGGGCCCGUCUGGCAAGUCCGGUGGCGCGACAAUCUCAUUGCAUGGGCGAACGACCUCGGCGUCAAGAUCUACGACACGCAUUCGCAGAGUCGCAUAACGUUCAUCGACCGGCCGGCCGACAGCCCGCGUGCAGACCUGUUCAAGUGCACGCUCCAUUGGCAAGACGAGAACACGCUCCUUAUUGGUUGGGCGGACCACAUCAAGGUUGCGCGCGUCCGCGCGCGCCCCCGCAAGUCCUCUGGCUCCAAUCUCCCUCCUCUGCUCGUCGAGAUCACUGCUGUCUUCCAGCUCGACUGUAUGAUCUCCGGCAUCGUUCCCCAUCUCAUGACUCGAUCCCCUUCUGCCGUCCAAACCCAUGAUGCCCUCGUGAAAAACGGCUCAGUGCGCUCGACGGUGUCCCCUAUUCUGACUUCGUUCCUCAUCCUCGCGUACACGCCACCCGAUACCUCACUCCUUACUGGAAACGAAGCGACGGCAGAUCGGGCGGAGCAGGCGCGCAAGCUCGCAGAACGCCCCGAGCUCCGUAUCAUCUCGCGCUCGGGUGAGGAGCUCUCUGCGGACGCACUCGGCAUCUCUGGCUACGAACGAUGGGGAUGUAACGACUAUGUCCUCGUAGACAUCGAGGCCGCCCCAGCUAAGGGCCCUCCCGGCGCUGCACAAGGUGGAGAGAGGUACUACAUCGUCUGUAGUCCCCGUGAUAUCGUCGUAGUGAAGCCGCGCGACUGGCGCGACCACGUCGCAUGGCUCGUCGAGCGGAAGCGGUACGAAGAGGCGCUCGACGUCAUCGAGCGCAUGGGGCACGAAGAACCUGGCGUGACCAAGGCGGAAAAGGACGAGCUGGACGCGGUGCAGAUCGGGCAACGCUACGUAGAGCACCUCGUCGGCGAGGGCGACUUCGUCAAGGCGGCGCGCUUGUGCCCGAAGGUCUGCGGCCAUGACACGAAACGAUGGGAAGAUUGGAUCUUCGUAUUUGCGCAGAAGCACCAAUUACAGGCGAUCAUCCCGUUCGUCCCGACGGAGUCGCCGACUUUGGGACAUCUGGUGUAUGAGAUGAUCCUUGCACACUUUCUUCAACACGAUCGACAGACGCUACUGCAAACGAUCAAGACAUGGCCGAAGGGUAUCUACGACAUUUCCGCCGUCAUCGUAGCCGUCCAAUCCGAACUUGACCGUGCGCCGUCGUCUUCGUCUAAGAAGCCUGACGGGCCGGAUACGGUCAUUCUCAUGGAGUGCCUCGCGGAGCUCUACACACUCAACCGCCAGCCAGGCAAAGCACUCCCGUACUUCCUCCGCUUACGUCGUCCAAAUGUGUUCGAUCUCAUUCGAGAGAACAACCUCUUCACGGACGUGCAGGACCAAGCUCUGCUCCUCGUCGAGUUCGAUCAGGAGUUACAGGAGAAGCGCAAGAAGGAUGGGGAGGACAUCGAUACUGAUCCAACCGCGGCCAUAACGCUGCUGGUCGAUCACAUUCACUCAAUACCCAUGACUCGUGUUGUGCAGCAGCUGCAGAACCGGCCAUAUUAUCUAUACCUCUACUUGAAUGCGCUCUUCCAGAAGGACCCCCACUUGACCUCUUCAUACGCCGAUACCCAGGUCAAGCUCUAUGCAGAGUAUGCCCCACGCAAACUCAUUGAUUUCCUGCGCGCCAGCCAGUACUAUAGCUUAGAAGAGGCGUACAAAGUUUGCAACGAGCGCGACCUCGUACUAGAGAUGGUCUUCCUUCUUGGACGCAUGGGCAAUAAUAAGAAGGCGCUACAUCUCAUCAUCGAGAGGCUAGGAGACGUCAAUCGCGCUAUUGAUUUCGCCAAGGAGCAGCACGACGAUGACCUCUGGGAGGACCUCUUGCGAUACUCGGAGACAAGACCGGCGUUCAUACGCGGAUUACUGGAGAACGUUGGAGCCGAGAUUGAUCCUAUUCGUCUCAUCCGCCGCAUAAAGAACGGUCUGGAGAUUCCUGGUCUGAAGGGCGCCCUCAUCAAGAUCCUCCACGACUUCAACCUGCAAGUGUCAUUGCUGGAGGGCUGCCAGACAAUCAUGAACGGCGACUGCGCAGACUUCGCACGGAAGCUACAUCGAAAUCAGACGAGCGGCUUCUUCCUCAGUGCGAAGACACCAUGUCCGAUCUGCAACAAGCCGAUUGGGCAAGGACUCAAUAGCCUUGCGCUUCUCUUCCUGUGUCGUCAUGUCGUGCACGCCGACUGUGUCCAGCACGAUGAAGAGCUGCCACAUCAACCGGAUCCAACAUUGGUCGGUAUGGGGAUUGGAGGCCAGCCGGGUCUGAGUGGCAAGGUUGCGUUCACGGCCAUCCUUCGCGCGAGGAUUACUCAAGGUUGCCCAGUAUGCCACAAGCGAAGCGAAGGGCAACGGACUUGA